ACAUUAUAAAUUGGGGCAUGCAAUACCACUCAGUCCUCGUAGCAUCUACAAUGGAAAACCCAGAAACAGCCAGCCCAACCUCUUCUCCAUUUGCCCCAUUAAUAGCUAACCACGAUCUUCAUCAAGAAAUCAAACAAUUACUCCCUUCUCUUCCAAGAACAAAAGGAUUACCAGCCGUUGAUCUCUGUCUAUACCAAAACUUUUGGUGCCCAGUGAUCUCCAUUCAGCCAGUCAUCUCCUUCCAAAGAAACUUCCAAGCUCAAGAUCAAGACAUCAUAAUCGCCUCCAAUCCCAAAUCCGGAUCCACCUGGCUCAAGUCUCUCAUCUUCUCCGUCGUCAACCGCUCUCAUUACACACCGUCGACCACCCCUCUCCUCACCGAGAACCCUCACGCUCUCGUCCCGUUCUUCGAGUUCGACGUCUUUGCUCAGAACCAAAUUCCUGACCUAACCACCGUUCCGUCUCCUCGGCUUUUCGGUACGCAUUUGCCUUACUCGGGUUUAUCAGAGUCCAUCAAGAAAUCCAACUGCUCCGUCGUUUAUAUCUGCCGGAACCCGUUCGACUCCGCCGUGUCGUUUUGGCACCAUGCAUGUCGAUUAGGGAAUGUUCAGUGUUCCAUGGAGGAGUAUUUUGAGAUUUACUUCAAGGGCACGUUUUGGUUCGGACCGUUUUGGGAACAUGUUUUAGGGUUUUGGAAGGCGAGUUUGGAGAAUCCGAAGAAGGUGUUGUUUUUGAAGUAUGAAGACUUGAAGGAAGACAUUGAUUUGCAAUUGAAGAGAAUUGCUGAGUUUUUAGGGUUUGGUUUUUCAGAAGAGGAAGUAAAAAAUGGAGUUGUUCAAGAAAUAGCUAAAUUGUGUAGUUUGAGUAAUUUGAAGGAUCUUGAAGUGAACAAAAAUGGAAAAUAUUUGUCUGUUUACCCUAAUAAAAAUUACUUUAGGACAGGUAAUGUGGGUGAGUCAGCUCAUUAUUUAAGCCCUUCAUUGAAGCUGCAUUUGGAAAAUCUAAUGCAAGAAAAAUUAAGUGGAUCUGGUUUAUCAUUCAAAAUUCCUGGCUAGCUAGGAGUCGAUAAACGGAAUUUGGGUCAUUGCCGACGGAUAUACCCGUCGUUAAAAGCUGUUUUCUAGUACUGUCUACUAUGUUACUUGAAUAGUUGUUAGCUAUUAGUGUGUUUCAAUUAUUAUGUAGUUUCUGUUUUCAGUUUGCUAUUAAUUAAAUGUGUGUUUAGUUUUAA